AUGUCUUCGGCUGCCUCUGCACACCACAGUUCUGCCACUGGCGCUGUGAGCAGUGCUGCUAGCUCCAUGAGCACGGCUACCAAGUCUGCUGCCAGCUCUGCUGGUUCGGCUUCGAAGAGUGCUUCUAGCGCUCUCGCUAGCUCUACUGGCGGUGCCGUUGCUCUUGGUGCUGGAUUUGGCGGUUUUGCUUUUGCUGCUGCUGGAGCUGUUGCCAUGGUUCUGUAA